AUGCCCGCGGAAGACAACGCUCCGAGCCCGCAAGAGAAUGCGGCAGGGCUUCAGGAUCGAGAAGCCGGCUUAAAACAUGAAGAGGCUGGGCCAAAACGACAGCUUACUCUGCCUGCUUGGCUCGACCACUUUAACAGCCAUGACCUCAAGAUCGUCUUCCGCUGCUGGGCCGCAACGUGGGUUGCAAGCAUACUGAUUUUCCUCGGACCUACCCUUCGCAGUAUCGGCGUCGCCACCUUUUUCGGCGCAAUAAUUCUGUACAUUGUGCCUCCGGCUAGCAUCCUGUUUCUCUACCUCCUGGCUGCCUUCUCGGCCCUCUUUGGCAUGUGCCUCGCCUGGGCCUGGGGCCUAGUGGCGAUGAAGGCCGCAUUGGACGCGCGUCCAGCAUCAGAGACGCAGGCAAGGCUCCAGGCCCUGCAGCAGCAGGCCGCCCAGACCGCCCAGCGGUCUGGCGAAAGCGUCGCCUGGGAGGCGCAAAAGCUGGUGCACGACGGCUUUAUGCUCGAUGCGCGCAUCACUGUCGUCUUCUACGUCUUUUGCUGCGUCUUCGUCUACGCGUUGACCCGUCUGCGGUACAACAACCCCAAGUUGACCUUGACGCAGAUUUUCGGGGUCAUUGUCAUCGACAUUUUCUUGCUUAUUGGACUGACGCUGACGACUUUCAAUGCGAGCUUGGCUUCACUCUUGGUAAAGCCCGGGACUAUUGGCAUCGGGCUCGGCGCCGUUUGUUGCCUCCUCUUCUUCCCGCAGUCGACUUCGUACGCGGUGCUGCACCAGAUGGAAAAGCUCAUUCGCAUGACGGAGACAUCGCUGGACGCGACUCGGAAGCACUUGGCAAGCCAUACAAUGCAGGUGAGCCAGCUAGCAGGCGCCCGUUACAGCUUGAUUGCCGCCUACAAAUCCAUGGAGCCGGCCCUCGCUUUCCUUCCUCUUGACCUUUCACGCGGCCGGUGGAACGCAGACGACGUAAAGUCGCUGCAAGUCCGGGUCCGCGAGGUCAUGCUGUCUUGUUUGUCACUUCUCGAUUUCCAUAUCACCAAAGUCGAAGCCGCCCAGAAAAGAGAGUGUUUGGAAAGCCAGAAACUUGGGCAAGGUGCAGUUGAAAAGGGACCGACCGCCGAACAGAACGGCCAAGAGAUUGGCCGUCAUCAGCUGCUGGAGAGCGCAAAUCUACUCGAAGCUCUCAAAAGUCCCGAGCAUGGCUUGUGUGAAAGGCCUCUAGUGAGUUGA